AUUUUAGUGCACGUUUAAAAAGAAUUGAAAUUUUAUUCGAUACGGCAUCAAAAAGAAAUUUACCAGAAAAUAUUAAGUGUCUUUAUUUGGCAAAUGUGACAUAACAUACAACUAUUUUAAUUUUUCUUUUGCUAAAAGAUACUAUAUGCCAAUCUUCUACUCGCCUAUACUUUCCUCGGUUCAUGCCAAGGUUGUAUUGUUAAGUUACCAGAGUGAUACUUAGACAUUAAAAAUUAAUACAUAAAUCGAAAAAUGUCAACUGUUGAUGACGUUUUAGAAAGUUGGGAAGAAAUUGAAGAAUCAGAAGCUAUUGACAAAAAGUUGGAUGCCCUCCAGUUAAAUGCAGUAGGAGCACUAGAAGAAAUAGAAUCUUCUAGUUUCAAAACCACUCAUAGCACAAACACAAGAAUGAUAAUGCUGGGCGAUGAUGGUAUAAGGUCUCAGUACGUACCUCCAAAACCAACAGUAAAGAUACUGAAAAGACCUACGAGAGAUUCGCAAGGUAGCGGAGAUGGACCAUUAGUGAAUGGAGAUAAACCAAAACAGCCUAUUAAAUCUUUAAAACAGAGAGAACAAGAAUAUGCGGAAGCAAGAAAGAGGAUUCUAGGUGAAGAAAAAAGUCCAGAAGAGAAGCUGUUGCAUGAAAUAAAUAGAAUACAACCAAAGUCAAUCACGUCAAGUAGUAGUAAUUUGCCAAGUAAUGUUCUUCGUAUGCCUCUUGGACCAGAUGGAACACGAGGAUUCAAUGUACGCAGGUAGCGCAUCUUCCAGAAAUAAACUUCUUCCACCCAUC